AUGGAAUCAAUGUUCGAAUUUCCCGAAGAAAGACCAAAGUCCUUCUUGCCCGAGUUCGCCAAUGCCGAUUCCUGGCCAGCACUACAUCUCGAUGGGUACAAGGAGUCUCUUAGACUCAAAGCCUUUGAUCCAUCCUUACCAAAGGGCAUGCCUGUCGAAACCCUUUACAUAAUUCCUCUUGCAUGUAAGAGUUACAGCCGAACAUUCAGGAACAAGCUUCGCCACACUGGUUCCUUUGUUGGACGCGAUUUCAAGGAAUUGAUUCAAGUCUUGCAUCCAUUAGGCCGCCUGUCGUCUUUGAUAAAACACGCUGUCACUGAUGUAACGGAUCUGCUUUUUCAAUUGGAUGUCCAGCUUCUCCGGGAAGGAUUUCCUAAGCAAGACUCCACGUUCAAGCCAAAAUUCAUCCGCGAGCAUUUGUUUAAGACCAACCGCCAUUCCAUCUCUCGAGACGUCACUACAAGAUUCGGAAACCAAUUCACCUGUCGGCAUCUUUGCAAUGGCGGAUCGUAUGUCGUGGAGAGACCAGCUGGUAAUGGAACAAGAUCUGUGAGAAGUUCAAUUGGUGAUUUUGUCAAGCUGGCCCCUGUCAAUUUCCCAGGCUUUAAUCUCCAUUUCUUUGGUUCUCGUGUCAACAGUGACAAUUCCGGGUUGUUGACUCUCACUUUGUGUGAUACACUUGGAGGUGUUUUUCAAUCAAAUGGUCAAUUCUUCCUUGUAUCAAAUUGUUCCGAGCAGCAAUGUAAAUUGCAUUAUACCCCAGCCGUAGUAAUAGACAAUUACAACAACAUUGUGGUUCUGCCUCUUGGAGGCCUGGUCGAAGUCAACAAAGAUGACAUCAACAUAGUUCAAGCUGUUGAUAUUCACUUGUUCGUCGGGUCUUCCAAUAACCAAAAGUUCCUCAAUGUUGCAAAAUUCGGCAUGUUCUGGUGGAUGUUGAUGAACAUUGCAAAAAUUUAUUAA